AUGGUCAAAGAGUUCAUGAAGUUUGGGGGGAAGGGGAUGAUCCAGCUGAUGGUACUGCUAUACAAUUGGGUGUGGAAAAACGAGUAUACGCCAACGAGAUGGAGGGAAGGAGUGGUUGUGAACUUGCGUAAGAAAGGAGACAAGACGGACCCAGGAAACUACAGGGGGAUCACACUGUUGAACACAGUAGGAAACGUGUUCUGUAAGCUGCUGAACGAUAGGAUAGUGGGAGUAUUGGAGCAGGAACAUAGCAUCAGUGAGGGCCAGGCAGGUUUCCGAAAGAAGAGGGGGUGCGUAGACCACGCAUUCAUGGGUGGGAGAAUCAUCCAAGGUAGAAAAAGGGCGCGAAAGCCGACGUACUGCUUCUUCCUGGACGUGAAAAAGGCAUACGAUACCGUAUGGAGAAAUGGGCUCAUUCUUGGCACGACGGCAGCCCCGGGGCCCGCGGGGCCGCCCGCGCCCCAGGAGUCGGGCGCCGGCGACGCUGGCGAUGGCGCCCCCUCGAGCACCUUUGCAGAGAUUAUGCCUGGCGAUACCCCAACAAGCGAUAGCGGCGGAACCACGAUCGACUCGCGCGUGACGGAGCUGUCCAAGAGGCUGGAGGAGCAGAGCAAGGUGUUUAUGUCUGUCAUGGAGAAGCUAGGGCAACUUCAGAUGCCGCCUGCCAGGGCGGCGGGGGCAGAAGAGGGGGAGUCAAGCGGCGCUGGCAACGCCGCAGGGCGCGGAGGAGCCGCGCUGGGCACACGGUUUGAGGUGCCACCCGGUGGAGUCGGGGGAGUAGGUCUCCCGGGCCACCCAUCCGCUGCCCCCCCGCUAGGAAGCAAAGCGCAGGGAGUUUGAAUGCAGGGGGUGAUGGACAAGAUGUCAUCGCUGCUGCAGGCAAUGCCAGAUUGCGGAAGCCGAGGGGGAUUAGGCGGUGCUGGAAGACGCGCCGCAUCCUGCGGUGGGAUUGUCGGAAUCUCGCCGCCAGGCAGCUGCCUAUCAGAGCUGCCCGCUGCGGCU